CCAUGACAAGGCUCCGAAUGACCUCGAUCAAGCUCACCAGACACAGGCAGCAGACGCAAACACCCCGAAACACUCUCUGUUCUCAUUGACACUGCCUUAGUUCCGGUCUUCAUUGAAUCCCUCUGACCACGUCCAUCCCUCUCAUGACCACCAUGUACCGGUAGCUCGCAGUCCCGCCCGCUUAUACACCUUCUCCCCACCAGGCCGGAUCGAGCAUCACCAUGGACGUCGCUUCGGCGAUUUCGGGCUAUGUCUCGAAGAUUGCCGGCGUUGGGGAAGGCGCUGCCGCCUCUCAAAGCCAGAAGAUGAAGAUCCUGCUGUUGGAUUCCGAGACAGUUCCAAUCGUGUCAACCGCAAUCACCCAAUCCGCCCUCCUUCGAUAUCAGAUCUACCUUAUUGACAGAAUCGAUAACCCUGCGCGCGAACGCAUGCGCCACCUCAGAUGCCUGUGCUUCGUCCGCCCGUCCCCAGACUCGAUCCAAUUCCUCAUCGACGAACUGCGCGAGCCCAAGUACGGUGAAUACAACAUCUACUUCAGCAACAUCAUAAAGAAGUCGUCGUUGGAGAGGUUAGCGGAGGCCGAUGAUCAUGAGGUGGUAAAGGCGGUCCAGGAAUACUUUGCUGAUUACAUUGUGGUCAAUCCGGACUUGAUGUCCUUGAAUCUGGGAUUCCCCAAGCAGAGGCUAUGGAGCCACAGUCCAGACGUCUGGAACACCGAUGCCUUACAAAGAACAACCGAGGGGGUGGUUGCCCUUCUGUUAUCACUGAAGAAGAACCCGCUGAUACGAUAUGAGAAAAAUAGCCUUAUGGCUAAGAAGCUUGCCACCGAAAUUCGCUACCAGAUCACGCAAGAAGAACAACUAUUCGACUUUCGCAAGACCGAUACUCCGCCACUGCUAUUAAUCUUGGACCGAAGAGAUGAUCCUAUUACGCCACUACUCACGCAAUGGACGUACCAAGCUCAAGUCCAUGAAUUACUCGGCAUCCAUAACGGCCGAGUUGAUCUGAGUGCAGUCCCCGAUAUUCGACCAGAACUCAAAGAAAUCGUCCUCUCACAGGACCAAGAUCCGUUCUUCAAGAAAAACAUGUAUCAAAACUUUGGUGAUUUGGGCGGGAACAUCAAGGAAUAUGUCGACCAGUAUCAGAGUCGAACCAAAUCCACUGCUCAGAUUGAAUCGAUCGCCGACAUGAAACGCUUUGUCGAAGACUACCCAGAAUUCCGCAAACUUUCUGGCAACGUCUCCAAACACGUAACUCUGGUCAGCGAACUCAGUCGUCGUGUCUCCGCCGACUCACUGCUCGAUGUCUCAGAACUGGAGCAGAGUCUAGUCUGCAACGACAAUCAUGCUGCCGAUCUGAAGACGCUGCAAAGGCACAUUCAAAAUCCAAGCGUGCCCGCAGACAAUAAGAUCCGCCUUGUGGCCCUCUAUGCCAUUCGCUACGAACGCAAUCCCAAUAACGCUCUGCCUGUUCUCCUUGACCUGCUGGCUUCCGUAGCCGACGUCCCUGCGUACAAGAUCUCCAUAAUCCCUAAACUUCUUGCUUACCACCACAGUCUUCAGCCCGCUCCCGUUGGUGGAGCGAUUGGUUUUACCGAUCUUUUCGACUCGGGCUCUUCUCCAUUUAGCCAAUUUCGACGGAACCUGAAUCUGAAGGGCGUUGAGAACGUGUACACCCAGCACUCCCCACGUCUGGAAAACACGCUCCAGAAUCUCAUCAAAGGGCGACUGAAGGAACUGCAAUAUCCCUUCGUGGAUGGACACCAUACGAGGGACAAACCUCAGGACAUCAUCGUCUUUAUGGUGGGAGGCGUCACGUACGAGGAGGCCAAAAUGGUAGCGCAGGUCAACGCCUCGGUCCCGGGCGUGAGAGUGGUGCUCGGAGGAACAAGCGUGGUUAAUUCAACAAUGUUCCUGGAAGAGGUGGAUGAUGCGGUUGGUAGCUGGCCGGACCAAGGUCCUGCAUCGGCAAGAGAACGGCUAGGCAGGGCCGUAGGCAGGUGACAGGACCUGGGAAUCCCACCAGUGGGAUGGUACCGCUGUCUCUGUCGACCUUCUUCGAGUCCAUCUAGUCCUGGAAAGAUUAACGAAAUGCCAACGACGGACCCCCUCUUUUACAAGCCCGUCCUUUUCCGUGCAAGGUAUCGACCUGUUGCAUGUGAGUGCUGCGGUUGGUGACAGGAGGGAAUUCAAUCACUUGCCGACGCAACAGAGAUUAUUCAGCGAAAGAAGACGUCUGCUCGAAGCCGAGAUCAUGCUUAUACGGAGAAGCUUGUUAGCUCGAGAACGACCAAGAUGACUCUGUAAUCUUAUUGACUGACAGUGUCGCUUUGGACGAGGUAUUUUGGAGCUGAGGGUAUCUGUGUUGAUGCCUGAGCUCACAAGGGUACCACCUGCGCGACGGAGGUCAACAGGGCAACGAUCGGUCGGCACCCUGAUUUUAUGGCUCAACGUGAAGGUACCGGGUGCCGAUCCCCUUUACUGCCGUUGGCCGGAUGCACUGUCAUGCACGAACCGCCUGUAAGGUCGGGGAAGCUCAUUCAGCUAUCCGUUCACAAUGGUCUCGUGGGUUCCCGCUUUUUCAACCGAAAAUGCUGUGGAGUGAAGGCAGCCCGAGUUGAGAUCGUAGUACGGACGAGCAAAGAUGUUCUCGAUACCGGACAGUCCUUUGAUAAAGUGUGAUGGUACAAGCACGGAUGUGCGACUAAUACACAUGAUCUUACCCUUCAUGACGAU